GUUGUCACAAUGCCGACAGAAUCACUGUUGUCGUCGCCAUCGCCAUCGCCAUCGCCGUCUGAUGCCCCCGCUACAAGAUCGAUAGAAAUUUCACUUUCCUCUCCAUCCACUCUUGUUCUGCGUAAACGACGGCCAAAGCACACUUGCCCGCCUUAUCCAUUACCCUUAUACUGCGCCUUUUCUCGUUCACCCUCCACCUCCCACUCGCUCAUGUUACUGCUCCUGGUCGUCCUUGCCCUGUUUGCGGGCUCGGCACGUUCAGUGUUGAUCAGUACAUUUGAUAAUUGCUUAAGUGAUGACGUAGUACGCUCACCGACCGAUAUACAAUUCCACCCGUUGGUGGUUGCAGCUGCGUUUGGUACGAAAGAUAAGGACCUUUUACAGAUUACCGUUUGGGGCAACGUUACAGGGGAUAACUCUUCGAAUCCUAGGGGGAGGCAUCGGAGGGAUUUGCGUGGGAGUGAUGGGCAUUUCCAACCCAGGGCGGGGGAUUGGCCUUGGCUGGAGGCACGCCAGGAGGUCGCGAAUUCUCAAAACUUGAACGGAAGCGCCGUUACCGGUCAGCCGGGGACUUUGAAUUGGGGACUGGCCAACUUUCAAAAUCCUACGUUUGACAGCGAUGUUCAGUAUCGGAAUUCGGGUCUGAUUGUGCAUUCGGAUCAAUCUUGGCCGAAGGCUACAACUCUCCAGCCCAAGAUUCAGAUAGCAUCCUUUGACACGUCUGCUGGUGCAAUCUUCUUAUGUACAGUUACUGGGUUUCCCAAUGCCCGAGCGCCGUGUCCCUUGAAAACAACCAAGAAUAUGUCCAAGAGUGACGCGCAUAAUUUGACUGUCUUGAUGAAGGAGCUCCCCUCGUUUACAUGGGAAUACAAUUUCACGUCUGGGUACAGCUUUGCUAGCAUUGACACGACAUUCACUAUUAUUUCGGGCAACAGCGACAAGACCCUAUUUGGCUGCAUUCAUGUUGAAACUACUCCGAUGCUGGGAAAGUCUAAUGACGCAGCCCUGACAUGGGUUCCCGCAGGAGUACUAGCUUUGGUUGCUCUUGGGACCAUUCUUGCGGCUAUGUUGAAUCCCUGGGUUGGGACUACUGAUAUCUUCAGGUGGAGCAGCAACUAUGGAAUGGAUGAGGAUAUGAUACGAUUGGUUACACCUGGGUUUGCCGAUUGUCUCCAGUGGUUACAAUUCUUCGUUCUUACUGGGAGUUUAACGCUCAGCUAUCCUGGCUUUUACCAGCCCGUUGUUUCCAGAGUCGCUUGGAGUGCUUUGCUCUUCAAUACUAGUUUCUUUUCUCAUGACCCGAUUAGUCAGCGGAGAUGGGCUGGUGAUGGCCUUUACGCCCUAGAUGCCACCGCAUAUGGAUUUGAGAGAGUAGCUCAAGCUGUUGGACUGCAGACGAUUGAUGAUAUAUGGGUGUGCGUUAUGGCAUUCUUUGGUGUUGUGGCGAUAGGGACAGUUGUCAUGCCACAGCUAUGGUUUGCUGGCAAGUGGAUUGUAAGGAAGGCUAUGGGACACGAGGAAGGCGAUUUGACGAACAAGAACUUGCCGUUCACCUUUGGGAUGCUGAACCGUAUCACAUAUACUUAUUUCCUCACCCCGAUUUUGGCUGCUUCCAUCUUUGUACUUACUACCCCUGGCCGUGGCAGCAAUACUAUCGUUGCCCUUGCUGCGGCCUUGGUACUUGUCAUCAUCGCGGUCGCUGUCUUGCUCACCAUUCGCAUCUGGAGCCACAAGCCUCGGUCUACGUUGUUUGAUAAUCUUCCUACUCUGCUCACGUUCGGGACAUUCUACAAUACUUAUCGCGAAAAGAACCUCAAGUUCUUCAUUGUUCAACUGUUUGUCAACAUUAGCCGUGCAAUUGCUUUUGGUGCACUUCAACCCAGCGGGAUUGCCCAGAUUACCAUCCUGGCUAUUUGUGAGAUUGUACUAAUUCUUACAGUAUGCGGAAUCAAACCCUAUGCGCCAGCAACAUCAAUGAACGCUUGGCAAGCAAUCUUUGCUGUCAUUAGACUACUGACCAUCUUGCUUAUGAUGGCGUUUGUGCCUAGUAUGGACGCCCAAGACGCGGCAAAGAGUUGGAUCGGAUAUGUCAUUCUCGUGAUACACGCCUUGGUGCUUAUAUUCGGCUUUUUUUUCAUGGCCGUGCAAACAUUGUUGGAGUUAUUUAUUCGGGGGUGUGGUGGUACUGAUGAGGGAGAGGCGGCUAGAGGAGGACUUGCUAAAGUAUUCGGAAUGCGUCAACUUUCUCGUCGUAAGCAUAAGCAACAUCGCGGUUCAGUCGACCCUAGCAUCAUCAAUGUAUCAACACACGAUGAACAUAAAAUGUCGUCAACCCCCGAUAAUAGGCCAGCCGGAGUAGGCCCCCGCUCCCAUUCUGGAAGCUCAGCUGUAUUGCUUGGAGGACCGGGUGUGCCUACAGGAGCACCUGGAAUGAUGGACGUUGGCAAUCAGACCAACCAUCACCACUCUGGAAGCGGAAGCACUGGAUUUACAACUACAACACCCGGAACUGCUAGUAACUUUUCCUAUAUGGGUGUUGCUGCGGGACCUCCACUAGCGGUGGACACUGGUGCCACCACCGUAGCUAGUCCGUAUUAUCGGCCGCCAAGAGCGACAGGGGGAACGUACGGACUGAGGAACUCGGGCGGGGGCAGUGGGAGUGAUAAUUAUUCACCUGGGACAAGGAGUAAAGGGAGUUGGGGCAGUGGGAUGUGGGGGACGACAGAUGCGUCAGGCGGGAUGCAAAGGAGUUCACAGGGGAGUUUACCAAACGGACCCGACGAUUUGUGGAACCACGGACCAGGACCUUCCUCCGGGACUGGAACGCCACAGGGCGGCGCAGCGGACAUUUCUAGAGGAGAGCUGCAACCAUUGGCUCACAGACAUACAGAUAAUUCACUCACGGCCGGGAGCGUCAGAAACACCGCACAAACAGAUUACACGAUACGAGAGAUGGACUAUUACUAUGGAGUACGCGGACCAGCCCUCAAUGACCAACCCGGUCGGCGAUUAGGCACUGGCCCAGCAGAUCCUACCGGGCCGGUCGCUGUGACAAAGGGUUGGCUCUGGAAACGUCUAGGCUGGGGAUUUGGGGGAAAGAAAGAAACUGGUUUCAUUGUCGACCGCAGUAGCCGUGCGCCAGAAGCACUUCUAGAUGCCGAGCGAGCGGCCAAAGGUAUAGGUAUGGCUGUUACAAGUCAAACCCCACCGGUCCCCGACCAAAGCGACAGCAGUGACAGCGAUGACGACACCGGCGACGAGGAGGAGGCCGGCAAGAGCUCUAAGCGGCAUAGGCGAAGAAGAAAGACUCCAUCACCAAUGAGCCACUUGACCGGGCGUUCUAACGGCCGCCGGAAAAGCUUAUCCUUGAUCAGCCAAAACACGGACUCUGAUUCAGAAGGCGAAGACGGGGGUGAAGCUGCAGGACCUAGCUCAAGAAUGUUGGAGAAGAAACCGGCGGCGGCCUACGACGGGUCUAAUAACAUUGAGCUCCAACGCCAAGACAGCAUCAAACCUGAGGUUCCGAGAAAGUCUUCUAAGAGAAAAUCGGUAACUUAUUUGACAGCCUUUAACUCGAAUCCGCCGGUCAGUACCUCACCGCAACCACAUCAGCCACCUCUACAGCAGCAGCCAUUGCAACCAACUGGUUCCCCCGGAGGUCCGGUUCAGGCGCGCCUUCCCCACCAUCCGUACGACCCUCCACCGCUGCGUCCGUCACUGCAUCCUCGCCAUCCGCAAUACGAUACAAGAAACUUGACCCCCACACAUUACAACGGUAACCCUUCCGGUCGCCUCCCGUUCACUACUACCUCCUCUACACAAGAAGGCCAGGAGAGCACACACACGAGAAGUAUAAGUACAAGUAGUAGUCUACUCCCACCUCCACCGGAGAUUACAGCUGAUGAUAACGCGUUAAGUCGCCCGCCAUCGGUGGGCACUGUACAUCGGUACAGGAUGGAGGAUUCGUUGAGGAACUCGGACGUGGUUGAGGGGGGGCGGAGCGGGAGUUUGGUCUAUGAGGGGGGUGGGGGGUGGAGAGGCGAGGGUGGGUGGAGGUGAUUGAUUAUCCACUUCUCUUGGGUUUUUUUUUUUGUUCUUGCUUUUCCCGCCUUCUCGUGUUACGGGUUCGGCAGGGAAUGGUAAGGAUUGUAUGAAUAUAUUGUUUAGUACUCCUUUAACUAUUCUUUUCUCUUCCUUACCUAUUUACUUGCUACAAGUUUUUGGUCCUGUCCGUUGUUUCUCUACAUUUUUGGAUUUUCCCUUUUCCUCUUUACCAUUCUAACAAACUUGCCACACACAUUUCGGCGGCGGGGGUUUAUUUUUUAUUUUUAUUUUCUCUUUCAAACUGAUACUUUACCUAGCAAAAGUGGGAGUAUGGGUGUCUUUACCUUAACGUGGCUUGUUUAUUAGCUAGCUGUGGACGGGUUGAUGGGUGGGUGUAUUAUCUGGACGUAGGUGCUGCGAGGGAGUAGAACAAUUGGUGUAUAUAAGUGUAGGGAAUACAUGCGAUCCGGUUCCAA